AUGUUACUUAGCAAGAAUCUUACUUCUCCUGUUAUGACGAUAGAGGCAUCGGUUGUUUUUGCUCUUUUGGCGGCUGUGGCCUCGGCGGUUCCUGAAGAAGGCUACAACUACCAGGCUCCAGGAGGUCAGGGAUCCCAGUUUCCGACCGGGGCGGGAGGGGCACAGUACCCCUCCGUGCCCGCCCAGUACGCCUUCCAGUGGGACGUGAACCAUGAGCCUUCAGGAAACUUCUAUGGUCACAAAGAGCAGAGGGAAGACGCCAACACUCAAGGAAGUUACUACGUCCAGCUGCCCGAUGGUCGACGUCUUCUGGUCGAGUACUACGUGGACGCCUCCGGUUACCAUCCCACCGUCACCUUCGAGGGAGAGGCGCAGUAUCCUUCAGGAGGGAAUCGAGGAUAUGGCCAAUCCGGUCAGGGACUGAACCACGGGUCUCCCUCACAAUCAUAUGGUGUCCCAUCUAAUGCCGGUGUAAGAGAAAUUGAGAGAUAUAGAAGCAACCAGCUUAGUAUCAAUGAUUACGGAAAACUACAUUUUCAGUUGCCGAUAGAAAGUCUGAUCAAUAUACACUCACAAAAACACACACAUUUACACAAAUUCUACUCAGCAACGUUAUCCUGUAUGAAGACCUGUGUUCUCCAGGAAGAACGAACACAGAAUUAG